AUGGACUGGUUCUGGAUGUGGAUACCUGUUUUGGGCUCUCUGAUUUUUGCGGAAAUCUUGUGGAGUCUACCGAUCGAUCGGGAUCAGUGGCCGAGGCCUCAGGAUGUGGAGCUGGCUGAGGGCUACCUCAGGCGGUUUUACAGCCUGAACCCCAGAGGCAGAGUUUCAAGGAGGAGGAUCAGGUCCACGUAUGCCAUGGAGGAGAAGAUCAUAGAAAUGCAAACACAAUUUGGUUUGAGAGAGACGGGUGGUCUGAAUCCUCACACCCUGAAUGUGAUAAGCUUUUACCCUAGAAAGCCUAAAUGGAAGAAUCACACCAUCACAUUCUGAAAGAUAUCCAAAUACACUCCGGACAUGAAGAGAGAGGAUGUGGAAAAGUCCUUUCGCUCAGCGCUAAAGUUAUGGAGGGAUGCAGCACCGCUGAAGUUCAUCAAAGUCAACCAUGGCAAAGCGCUAGUCUUCAGCUUCGCACGCAAAACUCAUGGAGAUUUAUUUCCCUUUGAUGGACCCCGGGGUGUGCUGGCUCAUGCCUUUCAGCCAGGAGAGGGGAUAGGAGGAGACGUGCACUUUGAUGAGGACGAAACUUGGACGGCAAGAAGCAGGGGUUACAGCCUGUUUGCAGUUGCAGCUCAUGAGCUCGGCCACUCGCUGGGUUUGACUCACUCAAAAGACCCCUCUGCUAUCAUGUACCCCAACUACAGAAUUCAGAGCAGUACGCAGUAUUCUCUGUCCAAAGACGAUGAGCUUGGGAUCCAAGCGCUGUACGGAAAACCAAAAGGAAAAGUGGCAACAGAACCAGCCCCUGAAAAAUGUGGCCCCAAUUUGUCUUAUGAUGCAGCAGUUAUGAUUGGAAAAGAGAUUGUUUUCUUUAAGGACAGGUACAUGUGGAUGAGAACAACGCAGAAAACGUAUUGGAGUCGCCUGAGAGAAAGCCACAGCAGCACAUAUUUACCCAGCAUCAGUUCUCACGUGGAUGCCGUUUAUGACAUCCCUGCCAAAGGCGUGGCGUACAUAUUCACUGGUCAUAAGUAUUGGGUGGUUCGACAGCUUAAGAUGAAAAGUCACGCCCGCUCCAUCCAUGAGUACGGCUUCUCCUCCAGAGUCAAGCAGGUUGACGCUGCCGUGCAUGUCAGCGAAUAUGGGAAAACGGUCUUCUUCAUUGGAGAGUUUUAUUACAGGUAUGAUGAGCUCAAGAGAAGGAUGGACCCCGGCUUCCCCCGACUGAUCCAAAAAGACUGGCCUGGAAUUCCUAAAAGGGUUGACGCUGCCUUUAAGUUAGAAGGUAACAUCUUCCUCUUCAGUGGGGCAAAAUCCUACCAGUACGACUUCAGACAGACACGAGUGAUGAAUACAAUUUCAGCAAAUUCUUGGCUAGGAUGUUAA